AUGACCACAGCAUCCGCACAGCCUGAAGCCAUCCAGCCAUCCACGAUGGCAUACUCUCAGGAGAGACUCGCGCGGGCCCAGGAGCUCUUUGACCACAGUACGGGCAACUUCUUCGCGCUCCAGCACCUUGCUGGCCCAUAUCACUUGCGGCAGCGUGCCUCCAAGCGUGCCGCUGCCGUUGGGUCAUGGCAUGACAAUGACGAAGAUGAGGACUAUGACCCUUCUAACAAGCGAACACCGACCAAGCGCAAGCUAUCUCUUUUCAAUGAGGAUGGUCUGGACACUCGUCCGUCUGGUAAAAAGGCCAGGAGCUUGUCUCCAACUUCGACACUCCGUUCUAGGCUGGGCCCAGACAUGAGAGAAGAAAAUGAUGCUCGCCCUUUGACACCAUCUCAACACAGUGAGCCCGAUAGCUGGGACAGAUACUGGGCCGUCAAUCCCGAGACAGACACACCAAAUUCGCGAUACAGCCUUCGACGCCGCAACAAGGAAGCGGAUUCACCACAAAAGAAAGACACAACCAACGUCGAGGCCUCAGCAUCAGAGUCACCUGCAGAUGACUUGCCUGUGGAUGACAAAUAUCCAAAGAGAGUGUGCGCUGCCUGUCAAGAACUGGGCAUGGAAUGUUCGCUUACAUCUGAUCCUGAUCCGUUUGCCUAUCCUUGCACAGCAUGUCUUGCUGAUGAUGUUCCAUGUGUUGUGAGCCCCUCACCCAAAUGGAAACGGACAUGCGAGAGUUGCAAAGGUCGGAAGAAAGAGUGUUGCUCGUAUCGCCUUCCUGAUUACGACCAUUCCCAACCUUGUCUUACAUGCCGAAAUCAUGGGUUCGACUGCAUUGCUGGACCAGCUAAAUACCCACCCUUUGCACUAUUUUCCACGAGCGAGCCAAGCGAGCCAAGCAGCUCCCCAAGGAGUAGUUCUCCUAUAACCUCCAACUCUCCCCAUGGCAGUCCACAGCUUGAAGGUUCUCCGGCAUCCAAGCCGAGUAACCAAAUCACUUCCUCAAAGACCAAUUCUCCAGCAAACCCCAACUCGGCCCAUGGAAGUCCAGAGCUUGGCGUUCUUGAGCUACCCAAGCCAAGUGAACGAAUCAGUUCCCCGAAGAUCGAUUCUCCAGCAAACUGCAACUCAGCCCAUGGAACACCAGAACUUGACGCUCUUGAGCUACCUAAGCCAAGUGAACAAAUCACUUCCCCAGCUAUCCACUCACCAAAGAUUCAGACUCCCCAGGCCAAUGUCGAAAAGAGCAAUUCUCGGGAGAUCCCAUCCCCCUCAUUCAACAACGCUCAGCCCUCCGUUGUAGAGGGACCGAAAUUACAUGAGGUGAUUGAGAUCAGUGAUUCGGACGACGAUGUCCCGGAGAGGGGAAAAUCGUCGAUUUAUAUUUCUGAUUCCUCCCUCAACUCACCCACUCACCCCAACGCCCCCAAUACCAUUGCUUCGCAACCUGCAAACACACAUCGAAUCUGGACCGAGCUUGCGCAUCCCGUGGUGUUUAUCGCAGAUGACCAGGGUGGAUCCCCCCUUGCCACUGGUGCAAUAACUUUGCAUAUGGAAUCACUGGGCUCGGUGCUCGUAACCCAGAGGUCUGGACCUUUCCCGACGGCACCAUUGUUGAGCUUAAGGAUGGCCAUACUGCUGACGGAAAAGAACAGAGCAGGAUGUGUUUCUCUUGUACAUGGAAUCGAUGCAGCAUCAUCGCAUGUUCCCAUGUCAACCUCGAGCUACUACCUGUGCCUCUUUCCCCAAACGACGAAGUGCGAAGAGCUGCUGCUUCAGAAAUUCUACACAGAGCAAACGGUUCAGCAAGUUGAUAUCUAUGCCGAUGUGGUGGAUCUUGAGGACAAAGCCUACGGGUGUGGACUGAUGCUCUGCGACCACUGUCUCGAUCUCACCAAGCGGUUCAAAGGUGACCUCAAUGCUGUUGUUGCAUGGGGUCGCAGUGACCCCUCUAACCCUGUACACUACCGAGCUGAUGUGGAACGCUGGUCAUCUGUGGAUAGCCCUGGGUUUCGUUUCCGCUCCGGAAAAAAAAAAUUACCUUCAGAUUUUCUGCCAGUUGAAUUCGCUUCACAACCAAAUCCCCUUGUACUUCCAUCUAAAGGAAGUAAGGGUGCUGCUUUGAUCCCGUCUUCUAUUUUCCCCUGGUUGCCCCGAGCUGCGACACGAGGUGCGCAGCUCAUCGCCACGACGUCUUCACCAAAGAGACGAAAAGUUUCCCCAGAGCCUCGCACCAGUCCAGGCCUUCGGGCUCGACGUCACGGCCGCUCCGAACACCCACACUCUCGCCACACAUCUUCCUCUUCUUCCCGCUGUCAGAGUUCGUCGGUGUCCCCGCCUCGUUACGUGCCUGCGCAUCUGCAGUUUCAGUCUGGAAGCCCGCCUGGGCGCUCGCUGACCCCCGCGACCGCAACCGCCGGACUCACCCUCUCCAGCGACCAUUCCGACAUGCCCUCCGAUACUCGAGAGGGUACACCUCCAACCCAUGGACGAUCCCCUUCUCCCGGCGAGAAGCGCCCAGCAUCCGAGAUUACCGACUCCGACCCUGAAGGAGGCGUAAGCACCGGCUUCACUAAUGCGCGCACAUACAUUAUUCCCCGCACAUGCGACGGCAUAAACGAUGAACCCACAUAUCCCACAACGUCGAGCAAUGAGAUUACCGGCUCGGCAUCCUCGACUGACGACCAGUCCAGACCAGCAUCGCCGAAAUCGGAUGACAUUCCUACGAUCGACGACCAAGUGACUGAGGUGAAUGCGCUGAUGAAGGCGCCGUUGAAAGAUGGACAAAAGGGCUUUGUUGUUUCAAUGGCUUGGCUGAAAAAGGUGCUUGCACGCACCACCGCGCACGCAGAUCACACUGACAAAGGAUCAUUGGAUGGCGAUAUUGGCCCCGUCAACAAUUUGAACAUUAUGCUUGACACCGACCCUGCCACUCCCAGCUUCAAAGACGAAACCGGUGAAAUGUUUGUGCCUAUGCGCCCUGGUUUACAUGACGCUCUGGAUUUUGCGAUAAUUCCGCAACAUGGCUGGGAACUGAUCCAGAAGUGGUACGGCCUCGCCGACCAGUCACCUGUGAUCAUCCGCUAUGCUCACAACACCAGCCAGCCCGGUGAUCCUGAAAGAAUCGAAUAUGAGACUUACCCUCCGAUUUUCACCAUUUUCAAAUUGGCCAACCCCGCCGCGGGUACCACUCCGACCAUCUUGAGACAAACUAUCAAGCCGUCUGUCAAGAUCCUGGCUAGUCGCACCACGAACUACCAGAAAUGGUUGAAGGAUGCCAAAGAACAGACUGGUAUCGAUAUGUCGACCAAGGUUCGAGUUUGGAAGAUUCUUCAGCUCCCUCGCAGCACCACUGCAUCAGCCUCAGCAACCCCAGCUGCCUCUCGCAGUCAAUCACCAGCUCCUCCAUUGGCUUUGAUCUCGAACCCCAACGACAAGCUCCUUUUCGAUUUGAAUGCCUUCCUUGAACUUCCGGAGGGAAGCCACCGAGUGUUGCUUGAUAACGUCAAGGAUCAAACUCAAAAUGCAAACUACAACGGCCGUAUGACUCUGGACAUGGCAGGUCUUACCCGGGCGAAUUGUGUCGUUCUUGAGGAACAGGUCGGCGGUUUCAAAAACGGAGAAUGGGUGUCUGAGGCCUCUGCCAAAACUCUCAAAAGUUUGGGGAUCCCUGUGGAUCAACCAAAGAACGAUGUUGCUACCAAAGUCUCUACCGCUAAAGCUGCACCAAAGAGCACGCAACCCAAUGGCAGAUCUACUCCUACUCUGGGACCCGAUCCAAUCAGAGGGCUUAUUUCUCGAGGCCGGAAGGGCCGACAGCUUAUCGUGGGGUUGCAAAACCUGGGCAACACUUGUUACAUGAAUUCUGCGUUGCAAUGUGUGCGAAGUAUUGAGGAGUUGUCUUAUUACUUCCUCAGUGGAAUGUACAAACCCGAGCUGAAUCCUACCAAUGUCCUGGGAUGCGGUGGCGUCAUUGCUAAGCAAUGGGCCAACUUACUUCAGGAACUCUACAAAUCGGACCCUCAGCCGAGAUCUGUCAACCCAUAUAGGUUUCGUGCUGCCGCUGGUCGGCAACGUGAAGACUUUGCUGGCUAUGAGCAGCAUGACAGUCAAGAAUUUGUGAUGUUCCUCCUUGAUGCACUGUCGGAAGAUCUAAGCCGCAUCGUUGGCAGCAAGCCAUCUACUGUCAUCCCUGAUUCUACUGAUGAAAUGAUCCACAAUCGCAAAGCUCUUGAGGAUUUCGGAAAGAAGUGUUGGGACCUUUAUGAGGCCCGCAACGCCUCCAUUAUCACUGAUCUGUUUGCCGGAAUGUACAAAUCAACACUGAUCUGCCACAAUUGCGAUAAGACCAGCAUCAUCAUGGAUCCUUUCACCAUGGUCACUGUGCCUAUCCCAACGGGUCCGACGCUUAUCAAUCGGACAAUUAUCUUUUUCCCCCUUGACGGUCCACCAGUGUCUCUGAAAGUCCGCCUCGAUGAAAAUGAUACAUUGAGGGCCUGGAAGGACUUCGUCGCGCAAAAGAUGGGAAUUGACGGAGAACGAAUCUUUGCAGCUGAGACAUUGCACAAUUCCUUCUGGCAAACUUUCUGCGACGACGACGACUCUUUCGGAAGUCUACGCAUUACCCAAGAAGAUACUAUUGUGUUCUAUGAUCUUGGUCCUCUUCCAGCAUCUGCCAAUUCUUCUGACUCUCCCUCCGAUGAUGACGAUGCAGUCCUUGUGCCCAUCUUCCACCGCAAACUUGUUCCGCGCAAGAACAAAGAGUCCACUCGUGAACUUUUCGGAAUUCCAUCCUUCCUACGUCUUUCUGCUGAAGAGGCCCAGGAUCUUGAGGCGAUUUACCGCAAGCUCCUGGCCCAGGCUAAUAACAUGACUACCCGUGACAUUAUGGCUGCCGAGGAAAACAUCCUCGAUGACCAUGCUGCUGAUGACUCUGAUACCGUGGUCACAAACGAGGAUGAUGCACGAUCAGCAGAUUCCCGAAUCAGAUCAUCUUCUGUUGACGGCGAAGACAGCAUAGUUGACAUUUCCAUGCAAACCGAGCAAGCGCCCAAGCCCGCAGAGAGCACUGAUGAGUCUGAUUCUGAUUCUGAAUCUAUCAAGUCCCCUCGACAUCCUCUUGCUGGUAAAAUUCCUGCCAGUUUGUUGUCACUUUUCGAUGCAAAGGUCAUGAGCACAAAUACCACUCUACCUGAUGGACGCAAUAUUUCCACAAUCAAAAACUACCCUUCCAUUUCUUCUCGCAUCCCAUCUUCCUCCGCAUCGACUAAGGAAUCCGAUUCGUCUUCCAAAACCUCCGCAAAUGACAAUCCCGAUGAUUAUGAUACAGAUGAAUCAGAUACGACACCAAACUCAGCACUAUCGCUCGUUCGCCAAGGUGAUGCCAUCCUACUUGACUGGUCUCCCGAGGCCAUUGAUGCCCUUUUCGGCGGCAAGCCCCGUGACCCCGAGGAGCUCCGUGGUCGCCCUACCUACAUGAACAUCAAGAAUGUCUUUGAUCAGGCCAUGGUGGUAACCCAGAAAAGGCCGAAGCAAUCAAAUCUCACUCUCGACCAAUGCCUUGAUGAGUUCAGCAAGGAGGAAAUUCUUUCUCGAGCAGAUAGCUGGUUUUGUCCUCAGUGCAAGACCCACGUCUCGGCCACCAAGAAGUUUGAGCUGUGGAGAACCCCGGAUAUUAUGGUCGUUCAGCUCAAGCGGUUUAGCCAAUUCCGUGGCCGGAGCGGACACAAGAUCAGCACUGUCAUCGAUUUCCCCUUCGAGGGACUGGAUUUGAGUAGCCGAGUGGAAGGCCCUAUGGGUGGAAAGAGUGCGGUGUACGAUCUGAUUGCUGUCGACAACCACUUGGGUGGAAUGGGUGGUGGCCACUACACUGCCUACAUCAAGGACUUUGUGUCUGGUGCUUGGGUCUACUGCAAUGAUACCUCUGCAAAGACUGUCACCAACAUGCAGUCCAUCAUCACGGCGGGUGCCUACCUCCUGUUCUACCGCCGUCGUUCUGAUCGUGCAUUGGGCAACCAGGAGCUGCGGGAGCUGGUUGAAGAAUACCGGAACCGCGAGGCCAGUGUUUCUGGCAGCUCCUCUGGCUCCCGCAGCCCCGGUUCCCAAUCACCUUCGGACGGCGGCGGUCGGGUCCUUGGCGGCGCUCCCCGCAAGGGGUCGUCUGCCUUGGCCGGGGCAGGGGUGGCACCCCGAGUGAGCCGGGGGCAAGACUCCCUCGGCAACGAUGUGUACUCUUCUGCCGAGGAGAGUACUUCGGGCUCGGAGGAUGGAGGUAGCGAAGGUAAGAAAAUCGGCUACGAGCACGAGAACGGGGGAUCGCAGGUCGACUCCCUCAGCAAGCUCACGGAACCCUCUUGGUCGUUCGACGCCGCUCACGCCAAUUCACAGAUUUCCGGUGGUGAUGCUGCCACCGAGGAUGGCAUCUUUGAGGGUCGAUGUCCAUGGAGUGAUGCCAUGGACAUCGACCCUCAGUUUCAGUUUGGUCUCACUUCUGGGGGUGAGGGGGAGGAUUCCUCCGAUGAUCUCCCAGUCGUGGAGCUACGUGUGGGGUCCGAGGACAUGGCGUCCUCGGACCAAUGA